AAAUGUUACAGAAAAUAUUGGAAAAACCUUUAGAGAAGAAAGCUGGUCGGAAUUAUGGACCACCUGGUAACAAAUCUCUAAUUUACUUUCUUGAUGACAUGAAUAUGCCAGAGGUGGACUGUUAUGGUACUGUUCAACCGCAUACAUUAAUUCGUCAACAUCUUGACUACAAGCAUUGGUAUGACCGUACCAAAUUGACCCUGAAGGAUAUCCAUAAUUGCCAAUAUGUUGCUUGUAUGAAUCCUACUGCUGGAAGCUUCACAAUAAACCCUCGCCUUCAAAGACAUUUUUGUGUCUUUGCUCUAAGUUUCCCUGGAAAUGACGCCCUGAACACAAUAUAUCAUUCUAUAUUAUAUCAACAUCUUACAAAUCCAGAGUAUCGUUUCCUUCCUGGUAUUGUGAAACUUUCAGCAAAUAUAGUUUCAGCUUCCCUUUUGUUUCACAAUAAAGUUACUCACAUAUUUAUGCCAACGGCAAUAAAAUUUCAUUACAUUUUCAAUUUGAGGGAUUUGUCAAAUGUUUUU